AUGUCUUCGACGAAUGGUACUAGCACAUUACGUGUUAAUGUUGCAUUAUUUGAACGUGAUGUGGUUAAACUUGUACUCGAUUUUCUUCAACAACGUGAACUUUAUAUUAGUAUGCUUGAUGUCGAACGUGAAACAGGUAUUAUUAAUGGUUCAUUUUCGGAAGAUAUACUUUUCUUACGACAACUUAUUUUGGAUGGACAGUGGGACGAUGUCAUUGAUUUUGUUCAACCAUUAAAAACAAUCGAAGCAUUUGAUGCUAAACAAUUUAUUUAUAUUGUACUUAAAUAUCAAUUUCUUGAAUUAUUAUGUUUAAAAACUGAAGCACAAAUUGAAAAUGAUUUAUCAGUUGAACAAAUUGUGAAGUUUCUCAAUGAUUUACGACCAUUUGCACCAAAUGAACAAGAAUAUAAAAAAUUAUCUUUUCUACUUACACUCAAACGUUUACAAGAACAUACAGAUUAUUCAAAUUGGAAUCCUAGUGCUGGUCGUGUACAAUGUUUUCAAGAAGUAUUACCACUUGUUCAUCGAUUUUUACAAGUAGACAAACAAAUGAUUCCUAUAGCCCAAGGUGAUCGUUUAAUUCAAUUACUUGUCAAAGGUCUACUUUAUGAAUCAUGUGUUGAACAUUGUCAAGCACGUGCAACAAGUACAGAUGAAACAAUUGAUCUCACUGAUCCAAAUUCUUUAUUAUCAAAUACACGUUUAUCAGAUACGGAUGUUUCACUUCUUUCAUGGCUUCAUGCACUACCAACUGAAAUAUUUUCAUGUCCAUUCGAACAAAAAUCUUUAACAUUAAAUAUUGAUAAACUUCAAAAACCUGUUCUUGAAGCAACAUGGGCUGAACAUGUUUUAAGUACUCCAUUUAAACCUCAAACAAUGUUUCCAUUUAAUGCAACACCUACAGGUAAACCACGAUCAACUGAAUUAAUGUCGCGUUCAUUAGCACCACAAUAUGAUGGAUUAUCUUAUGGUCUUAUUCGUUCACAAAUAUUCGGAGAUUAUAAUCGUAAUUUUGUUAAUGAUAUGAGUCGUUCACUAGCUGUAUGUAAUGUAAAAGAUAAUGGCAUUAAUAAUAUAACACCCCCAAUAACAACAAAUUUACCAACAGUUGAAGAAGUUCUUUAUGAAGAAACACCUCCACCACCUUCGCCACCAUUGCCACCACCACCAAGUUCAUUAUCACCCGUAUCAAAUAGAAUGUCUCCACAAAAUUCCUAUCGUUCACAAUCACCAAAACGAAGUGUAACUAGUCCUCCAUUGAUAAAACAAACAAACAGUACAACGAUAAGUGAAAAUGGUAAUCGUUCAUCAAAUACAGAUGUUCCAGAAGAUCGUUUACUUAAGGAAUAUCAAAAAAGUCGAGCAGAAAUUAGCAAACAAUUUGAUGAACAAGAAAUUCGAAGAAAUGAAUUACAAAAACAACUUGUAACGAAUCCAACAAUACGAGAAAUUAAUGAAGUGACGAAAUAUGAUUCACUUGAAGAUAUAGCUCGUUCACCUGCAUUUAUACCAGUCGUAACUAUUGAAGAUGUACAAGCUAUUCGUUCAGUUGAUGUUCAUCCAAGUGGUAGAUUUUUUGCUGUUGGUUCAAAUUCGAAAAUGCUUCGUGUUUGUGCAUAUCCAGAUAUAAAAACUAUUCGUACAGAUUCAGUACCAAAACCAGCUAAAGUUUUAUAUAAAAAAGGUAAACAUCAUUUGGGAAGUAUUUAUUGUAUGGGAUGGUCACCAAGUGGAAAACUUAUUGCAACUGGAUCAAAUGAUAAACUUAUUAAAAUUGUUCGACUUAAUAUGGAUAGACCAGAAGAUGAUUUAAAUAAUACAGAAAUUGAAUUAACACAUCAUAAUGGCACUGUUCGAGAUCUUAUUUUUAUGAACGAUAAUGCAAAAGAUGAUUCAGUAUUAUUAAGUGGUGGUGCGGGUGAUUGUAAAGUUUAUGUAACGGAUGUUAAAAAACAAACACCAAUUAAGAGUUUUAGUGGUCAUCAAGGUCAUAUCUAUUCAUUGUUUACUUGGGAUGCUUAUAAUUUUGUUUCGGCUAGUCAAGAUGGAACAUCACGUUUAUGGGAUAUACGUCAACCUGAAUGUAUCAAUGUUAUAGCACCUCGUGUUACAAAUAGUGCAGUAGCAGCUGUUGCUGUUGAUAGUUCAGGUCAAUUAUUAGCAGCUGGUUAUGAAGAUGCUUCAUGUUUACUUUAUGAUCUUCGUGGGAAACGUAUUGUUCAAACUUAUCAACCACAUUCAGGUGAAAUUCGAAGUGUUCGAUUUUCUGUACAUUCAUAUUAUUUACUUACGGCUUCCUAUGAUAAAAAAGUUGUUAUGACAAGUUUAAAUGGUGAUUUAACGAAACCACUUAUUCUAUCUAAUGUAGCUGCACAUACAGAUAAAAUAAUUCAAGCACGAUGGCAACCAAAUGAAAUGUCAUUUAUUACGACAAGUGCUGAUCGUACGUGUAUGGUUUGGAUGCCACCACCAUCAGCUCUAUCAAAUCUUGGACAAUUAUCAUAA